AUGGCAAGCAUGGCAGAUACAGGCUGGGAGGCUAUGGAGGCAAAGCCAAAGGGUUCUGCCUCUCUCGCCGCUGUCAUAUCAGCCUUCGUUCCCACCUGGGCAACUGGUCUUGUUUUUGUCGCCAUAUUCAUUCUCAUUCGACACAGGUAUCCCAACAUCUACGCUCCCCGUACCUUCAUGGGCACCAUACCGCAGAGGGACCGCACACCUUCAGCAUCGGCAAGUCAAGCCUACUUCGACUGGGUCCAUACCAUGAGCAAGCUCUCUGACAAAUUCCUCCUGUACCACCACUCACUGGAUACUUACCUCUAUAUGCGCUUCCUCCGCACUAUCAUCUUCAUCUGCAUCGUCGGCUGCUGUCUAACAUGGCCUGUUCUAAUGCCAGUGAACGCCGCUGGUGGUGGCACAUCAACUCAGAUUGACAAGAUUGGCAUUGGCAACGUCAGUAAGAAGAGCUACUUGUAUGCCCAUGCCGUGAUGGCUUGGGUCUUCCUUGGCUUCGUCAUGUUUACCAUUGCUCGUGAACGCAUAUGGCUCAUUGGCUUACGGCAAGCUUGGACCCUCUCCACGUCAGAUGCGAAGCGCCUUUCGUCGCGGACCGUUUUGUACUUGUCGGCCCCCAGAGAUGCCCUCGAGGAGAGCAACAUGCAUCGCCUCUUUGGAGACGGCGCAGUACGAAUUUGGCCUGUCACACAAGCCGAAGCCUUGGAGACUUUGGUCUCGGAGCGGAGUUCUCUGGUGGGAAAACUCGAGGGUGCAGAAAUGGCCCUGAUUCGGAAAGCCAAUAAGAAGGGAGCCUCUAAGAAUGUUCGCUCGCAGGUCGGAGAUGAACCCACUUACGACAGUCUUCCUGAUGCGGUCAAGAAGUCCAUCAGGCCAAUGCACAGGCUCAAGUUUUCUCCUGCUAGCGAGAAGGUGGACAGUAUCGAGUGGCUCCGUGAGCAGAUUAAAGACAAGGAAGGUCAGAUUGAGGAGAUGAGGGCUUCGUAUAAGAUCGAGAAUCCUCAUGGGGCUGCCGCCGUCUUUGUCGAGUUUCGGACCCAUGCCGACGCCCAGAGAGCAAGCCAACAGGUCGCGUCGUCCAACCUUUUGGCUCUCACUCCUAGGUACGCCGGUGUAUUACCCAAGGACGUCAUCUGGGACAACUUGACGAUCCCGCCCGCGCGCCGCAUCUCUCAGGAAGGUAUUGCCCACGCCAUUGUCAUUGCGUCAAUAGUAUUCUGGUCAAUCCCCAGUGGUUUCGUUGGUCUUGUUUCCAACAUCAGCUACCUUGCGGAGAACUUUGAAUGGCUCAGCUUCCUCAAAAACCUUCCCGAGCCACUCAUCGGACUCUUGUCUGGUCUUCUUCCCCCUUUGUUGACAAGUCUACUGAGUAAAUAUGUGCCAAAUUUGUAUCGAUACAUAUUCAAGUCUUUUGGCGCACCGACUACGGUAGCCAACGAGAUCAAAGUACAGAAAUGGUUCCAGGUAUACCAAGUGACCCAAGUUUUCCUCGUCACUGCCGUCUUCUCUGGAGCCGCAACGGUAGCCUCACAGCUCAUCGAAGGGAUACAAGACCCUGCGUCGAUACCCGCUCUACUGGCAAGACAACUGCCAAAGUCGUCGAAUUACUACUUGACGUACUUCAUCAUCCAGGGAACCACCUCUGCUACAGACAAUCUUCUCAACUACUCGGACUUGCUUCAAUACCUAUUCUUUGACUAUUUCUUCGACAAGACUCCGCGCCAGAAAUUUACUCGAUACACUAGCAUGAAGGGCAUCACAUGGGGUAAAGUAUUUCCGAAGUUUGCCAACUUCGCCAUCAUUGCAAUUGCCUACUCGUGUAUCGCACCCCUUGUGCUUGGCUUUGCAGGAAUUGGACUAGGUCUUUACUACUUUUCGUAUCGGUACAACCUCCUUUACGUUAUACAACCGAAGAUCGACACGAAGGGUCAAGCUUAUACCCUCGCCCUUCAACAUCUGCUCACGGGCGUGUACAUUGCCGAAUUAGCCCUGAUCGGAAUCUUCGGACUAAGCAAGGCGACCGGCCCAUCCAUCAUGCUGGCUGUACUGUUCAUCGUCACUAUCCUUUACAACGUAUUGAUGAACAAGUAUCUAUCCCCUCUCGAAAAGUUCCUGCCAUCUGACCUAGCUUCUGCAUCCGAAGAAGGGGAUGAGAGCACGCCAUUGCUAUCGGGUGCCGAGGAAGGUCGAUCGCAGAUGUCAUCGCAUAUCCAACGCCUAGGCCAGCGUGCUCACGUGCCAUCGCACGUCAGUCAACACGUGGUCGACCCCACGGCGCGUUUCUUCGAACCCCACGUGUUCGCGACAUACGAAUCUAUGAAAACAUGGGUCCACAGUGGCGACCACUACGACAUCGAAGAAGACGAGGUUCCGGAAUACAAGGAAGAGCAGCUGAAGAAGGCGUACCUGAACCCUGCGCUGACUUCGCCGACACCGCUCAUCUGGCUUGCCAGAGACGGGAUGGGGGCGAGUAAGAGCGAGGUCCAGGAAAAUGGCGAACGGGGCCUCAAGGCAAGUGACGAGGGUGCGUGGAUUGAUGAGAAGGGGAGGGUAAAAUGGAGUGUGCAAGAGAUUGGUAAGGUGCCGGUGUGGAAGCAGGGUGUCAAGUAUUAG